GCCGUUUUCAUUCAAUUAGUUAACCGGGCCUGUUCAGUUCUCAUCGACAUGGCUUCACGAAAAUUGAGGAACAAUUAUUUCACUGAUAACGAACAAGAAAAGAAAAAUGAGAAAAAAAGAAAAAAACAAGACGAAGACAGUGACGAGGAGGACUAUAACGAAGACGAUGACGAGGACAGUGACGAGUACAAUGAUGAUGAGAAAAAAAAAUUUAAAAAAAAGACAAAAAAAAAGAAAAGUGAAGCUUAUGUAAAAAGAAACGCAAGGAUGUAUGAUCAUGGGGAAAUAUUUAUCAUUUUAAAAUAUUUCCUAAAAAAAAACAUGGUCAAUAAUUCAAAGCCACAUUUGACUGCCCUUUUAAAUCUACUCAAAGAUCGGACAGAAAAAUCCAUAAAAUCAUUUUUGGGAAAAAGAUUUAAAACUCACUACAAAACGUUCAUUAAGGACGCAAAAUUAAAAAAGAGUGAAAAAAAGAUUUUAUUUUUAAAAUGCAAAGAGAAAUUUGGAAAGUGA